CAACAGCAAGAGAGAGAGAGAAAUUUUGUGAGAAAAAUCUUCUAAGUGAACUUACAGAAAACUAAUCAUUUGUAGUGAAAUUUAACAAAUAUGGGUUUACAGCAAGAACCUAUGUUAUCAGACAAAUCUGACCAGAAUAAAGAAACACCAGUAGUUACAAGUCAACCAGUAACUAUAAUUCCUUUACAAGACCAUCCAAUAACUUUGAAAUGUCCCAACUGUCAUCAAGAAAUUGUAACGAAGAUUAAACAUCGUAAUGGUAUGCUAACUUAUGCAGCUUGUACAGGUUUAUGCAUAGUUGGGUGCUUCUGUGGCUGUUGUCUCAUUCCAUUUUGUGUAAAAGCAUGUAAAGAUGUUGAUCACAAAUGUCCUGAAUGCGGUCAUCACAUUGGAACAUAUCGCACGUUACAAGAAAAAUAUAUGAAAUAAUGUUAAUUUGCAAAUAUGUUGUGAUAUAUACUUUUGUAUCAAAUUGGUCAAUGAGUAUGUUUCUUUGUUAAUUUUCUUUCACAAAUAUAUUUGUCACGGAUA